CUAGAAUCCCCCUGUCACCAUGAGAGCGAGACAGACCAAGCGUCCCGCACCGCUCCUGCGCCGCCGCAGCACGCGGAAGAAGGCCAAGCCGUCCCCGCAGCUGCUCCCACGAGUUCUCUUCCUCGCCAACAGCGAGCACGGCCAGACAAACCUGAUCCUUGCCUUGGCCCAUGAGCUGCUCGUCCGCGGCGACAUCGACGUGCACAUUGCCUCCUUCCCCAGCCUGCUCCCGCGCCUCGAGAAGGUCCUCCAGGACAAUAUCUCCCGCUACCAUCCGGCCUAUCGCUCCCGCAUCCACUUCCAUCCCAUCGCCGGUCCCUCUAACACGGAGGCCUUUCUUCGCACGGGUAAACGAUCCAUCUGCCAUCCCCCCGGCUACGAAGGUGCCUUAAAGGGCUUCAACUCCCUGUUCGAAGAGCUCUGGGCCUGGGGCGAGGAGGACUACCUCCAGGUAUAUCACAGCUGCCUGGAGAUUGUCCAGCACGUCGACCCGGCCACCGUCAUCGUCGAUUGGUUCUUCCCGCAGGGCCGAGAUGCCGCGUAUAAUGCCGGUCAUGCUGCCAUUGUGUUGUAUACGACCUCGCUGUCCCAUAUCGUGUACGGCCUGCAGCCUCAUGCCGCGUGGGCAUGGAAGUUCCCCAUGCCCGGAACCGACUUCCGCUACCCCCUGCCCUGGCGCAGCAUCCCUGCGAACGCUAUGGCCGUCAUCGAAGCCGCCAAGAUAUAUCGCCGCAGCGGCCGGCAGCGCCAGAUCCGCGAAUGGCGGAUGAAACACCACAUCCAGGGCCGGUUCCCCUUUGCGGAUGCAUGGCGGCCGGAUCGGUUUCAUCUGACCCCUGGUCUGAAGGAACUCGACUGGCCGUUCGAGGUCCCGGACAAUGUCCUCCCGUGUGGACCGAUUCUGCUCCCGGUGGCGUCCGUCAAGGCUCAGGAUCCAGAGCUGGACCGGUGGCUGCGCAGUGCGCCAACUAUCAUGGUGAACCUGGGGACGCUAUAUGCGCCGGAUCCGCGCGUCGCAAGGAACAUUGCUGCCGCGUUGAGGACCUUCCUGGAUGCGUGGACGGGGGAGUCGAACCUCCAGGUGCUGUGGAAGCUGCCGAAACAUACAGAGGAUUGUGUUCACGUUUACGAGGAGGCGGUGGAUUUGCUGCGCUCAGAAAUUCAAACCGGCAGGGUCCGCAUCCAGCCCUGGUUCCAGGUGGAGCCGCUGUCGAUGCUGGAGUCCGGUCAGAUCAUCUGUUCCGUGCAUCACGGCGGUGCCAACUCGUGGUAUGAGGCGAUCCAAACGGGCGUGCCCCAUGUUGUCCUGCCCGGCUGGCAGGACUGCUACGAGAAUGCCGUCCGCACGGAAUGGCUCGACAUUGGCGUCUACGCCAACAAGACAUCCGCCCCCAGCGUCGACGCCGUCGAGUUGUCCAAUGCCCUGCAGAAGGUCGUCGGCAAUCCAUCCUACCAGGCCAAGGCCGCUGAGCUGUCAGUUCUAUGUCGCAGGAAGGAAGGCCGCGUCGUCGGCGCAGACAAGAUCGCCGAGCUGGUGCGCAACCCCGAGAGAAUGGCCCUGCCCAUCCCCGGGGUCGACGACAUCAACCACAUCCCCAAGGGCCGGCUGCAAACCAUCAAGAACGCCUCCGGCGACACCCUCGAGACCAUCCAACCCCCAUCCCUCAACAUCCCCCUCCCAACCCCCAUCCAAAACGCCCUCGAACUCCUCAUCGUCGCCAUCUCCACCAACACAUCCUUCCUCCUCCCGAUCCUCGGCUACUCUCUCCUCAUCUUCCCGCGCCUCCGCCUCCUCACAAUCCUCUACCUCAUCUACAUCAAAUGGAUCAGCAACGCGCCCAACUCGGGCGCUUCGUGGCUCCGCAACGACCCCUUCCGCAACAGCCCCCUGUGGACCCUGUACACCUCCUACUUCCCCAUCCGCCUCUACCGCAGCGUCCCCCUCCCGCCGCGCCGGAAAUACAUCUUCGGCUACCACCCGCACGGGCUGUCCAUCCGCGGCGCCAUCGGUGCCUUCGCCGCCAACGGCGCCGGCUUCUCAUCCCUAUUCCCAGGCCUCACAUCCACCCUCCUCGUCUCCUCCAAGAUCCUCCACGCCCCGCUCCUCCGCGAAUACGCGCUCUCACUAGGCAUCAACAGCGUCAGUCGCCCGUCAUGCGUCAACCAUCUCACCAAAGGCGGCCAUGACGGCCAGGGCAUGGGCAACGCCAUCACCAUCUGCAUCGGCGGGAGUCGCGAAGCCGCCAUCGCCAAGCCAGGCACAAUGGACCUGAUCCUGAAUAUCCGCCGCGGCUUUAUUCGUGUUGCCGUGCAAACCGGCGCGGACCUCGUCCCCGUGCUGGCCUUUGGCGAAAACGAGCUCUUCGAUAUCGUCGACGCUAAGGAUCCUCCCCUUCAUCCCUCCACCUCCACCUCCACAUCCGCAAAUACCAAUCAAGAGAAACCGAAAUCCCUCCUCUCAUGGCUCCCCCGCACCGUGAAAUCCCUCACGGGCAACGACUUCCGUCUCAUCGUCGGCCGGUUCGGCGUGACCAUCCCGUUCCGCAAACCGGUGCAUGUGGUCGUGGGUAAGCCGAUCCGGGUGAAAGAGUCCCGCUGGGAUCAGGAUGAGGCGUAUGUGGCGCACGUGCAUGAGUUGUAUGUGGCGGAGUUGAGACGGUUGUGGGAUGAGUGGAGGGGGAGUUUUGGGUUUGGUCAGGGGGAGGGUGAAGUCAAAGGGAGGGGUGUGGAAUUUAGGGUUGUGGAGUAG